CUACUGCAUUCUCAGAGUUUUUAGUUAACUCUUCACUUCUGUACGUCUUGGGGUCUUGGUCUAGCUUCUAGCAUAUAUAAAUAUAAAUUAUAAGGUGUAAUGUUAUGAUUGUGAUAAACUUUAAGAACUGUAAAUUUUAUGACAUUUUAUAUGGCCCGCUCAGUAGCCUGUUGUUGAUAAAGCUUGAUAAUUUACUAUUUCCAUUCAAUUCCAUUGAUAAAGUUGUUGAAGAUAAUUCACAGUAUUCUUACAUCACAAUAUUCCGCCGCAGCCGUUUAGCAGUUGUCGAAGUAUACAAAAGUUUUUCUUUAUUCGAUUGUGAAAUAAAAAAUAUUAAAAAAAAAAUAAAAGUGCAAAAAAAUCAUAGUUCUUCAAAACUUGAUUCGAACGUGUUCCUUCAAAAAAUUCUCAUCUUUUCUGAUAAUCAACAUAUCGAGUGUUAAAUAAUAAUAAUAAUCAUCAUCAUAACAACAGCAGAAGCAAUAUAGGUAACAGCAGCAACAAAUCAGAAACACAAGUAAAAUAAAUUCAUUCACAGUGGCGCUGCAUUCAACAGAAGCCCUCAUGGCAGCGGGCUUUUUAAAAUCUGGUGAUUUAGGACCACAUCCGCAUAGUUAUGGUGGUCCGCAUCCACAUCAUUCUGUACCACAUGGACCAUUACCACCGGGCAUGCCAAUGCCAUCAUUAGGACCCUUUGGGUUACCUCACGGUUUAGAAGCUGUUGGGUUCUCCCAAGGUGUAAAUACCCGCAAACAAAGACGCGAACGUACAACAUUCACACGAGCGCAAUUAGAUGUAUUGGAAUCGCUAUUCGGCAAAACACGAUAUCCUGAUAUUUUUAUGCGUGAAGAAGUUGCUUUAAAAAUAAAUCUACCCGAAUCAAGAGUACAGGUUUGGUUCAAAAAUCGACGCGCCAAGUGUCGUCAGCAACUCCAACAACAACAACAAUCGAAUUCGCUCAACAGUUCCAAGGGCAAUAGUGGUAAUGUGGGAUCGGGCGGUAACUCCGGUUCCAGUCGCAAUUCAUCGAAUAGCAAUAAUAACAGCGGCAACGCCAACAAUCAAAAUAGCUCUAGUGGCAGCGGCAAUUCAGGAACAAACUCAUCCGGCACUCCAGCGAAAUCGAGCAAUAACAAUAACAACAACAACAAAUCAUCGGCGAAUUCAGCGCCCUCUGGCGGAGGCGGUGGUGGUGGUUCGGGUGGCCAAUCUCUCAAGUCACACCAUAGUUCCUUCUUAAACUCGCAUUCCCUAUCGUCCCAUCAUUCAGGCGGAAGCAUGGCUGGCAACGGGGGAAAUUCCGCCGCCAACUCGCUGAACCUCGGCAGCGGCGGUCACAAUUCCUCGCCCAUUCUUCCAACACCUGCCACCUCCGUCAGUCCCGUGAGCAUAGUCUGCAAAAAGGAGCACAUGGGCGGCGGCGGAGGAGGCGGUGGCUAUCAGUCAUCUGCUGCUUCCAAUGGCGAAUCACUUCGUGCCGCAUACGAUUCCAUGAAAGACACGUCCGGCGGCGAUCUUGGCUCGGGUAGCCAUCACGCCAGCCUCUAUGGCAGUGCCAGCACCAAUCCCAGACUGGUGCAGCCCGGUGGCAACAUCACACCCAUGGAUUCCAGUUCAAGCAUAACCACCCCGUCCCCGCCCGUCACACCGAUGUCGCCACAGAGCGCCGCUGCGGCACAUGCUGCUGCCGCAGCUCAGUCCGCUCAAUCGGCCCACCACUCAGCUGCCGCUCACUCUGCCUACAUGUCCAACCACGACUCGUAUAACUUCUGGCACAAUCAGUACAACCAGUACCCCAACAACUACCAGACACCCAGCUAUUACUCGCAAAUGGAGUAUUUUAGCAAUCAAAAUCAGGUCAACUAUAAUAUGGGACAUUCCGGGUAUAGUGCCUCGAACUUUGGCCUCUCGCCGAGCUCAUCAUUCACAGGAACCAUGUCCGCGCAAGCCUUCUCCCAGAAUGGCCUUGAUUACAUGUCACCCCAAGACAAGUAUGUGAAUAUGGUGUAGGAGAUCCUACAGUCGGCCGCUGGCAAUGUGGCUAUAGAACGGAUAGGUGGCGACACCCAGGCCCUCGAAAACACAUAUCCUAAAAAUCCUCGAUAAAUAAAAAAAAAAAACAAAAA